AUGUCUUCAGAUUGUGCGGAUCAAACUCAGCUAUCAUCGAUUCGAUUGCUCUUAGGAGGAGUACAUGAAGAUAAUCAUGAGUAUGUAAUACAACGUCUAUGUGAACGUAUUGAUGGUCUUCUAUCAUGCAAAUUUAUUGACGAUAACAAUCAAGUUGAAUUAUGUUUCGAUACAAAUAAAAUUGCCCAAUAUACACUUCUAUCUGAAAUACAACGACUUGGUCACCCUGUACAAUCUUUAAAUUCCGAAACUGUUGAAGCUCAAUUACGCAUUGAAGGCAUGCAUUGUAAUUCGUGUGUAUCAAAUAUUUGUGGUGCCGUACUUGAUAUGCCUGGCGCUAUAGAUAUUAAAUUAACCUUUCUGGAUAAACUAGCUACAAUUAUCUAUGAUCCGUCUAUGCUUCAACUUGACGAUAUUAUCACUGAAAUAGAAAAACUAAGUUUUCAAGUUGCAGUUUCAAGUUCUUCACAGCCAAGAACAACUACGGACAAUCAUUCAAGUUAUAAUCAAAAAUUCGAAAUAUCCACUGAAAGCAAUCAAAUUCGUACAACGAAUGAAAUUGUCAUUGAAGAACCAGUAUACACUCGUAAAGCAACUAGAAAUUCUACAUUGCUCGUCGGAACCGACGAGACUGAAUUAGAAACAUGCUAUUUUACUGUUCUGGGUAUGACAUGUGCAUCAUGCGUAGAUAGUAUACAGAGAAAUCUAUCGAAAGUUGACGGUAUUCAUUUGGUAUUGGUUGCUUUAUUAUCGCAACGUGCUGAAGUUAAAUAUGAUCCAGCACAUCUUUUGCCAUCACAAAUAGCGAGUUUAAUUAAUAAUCUUGGCUUUCGAGCUGAACUACUUGAUAAAGUUGCACGCGGAAUGGAAACGAUCGAUGUUAAUAUCGAAGGUAUGUCAUGUGCAUCAUGUGUAAAUAAAAUUCAAAAUCAUAUGAGUCGAAUACCUGGCAUUUCAUCGGCUAGUAUUGUAUUACUUACAAAUCGUGGAAAAUUUCAAUAUGAUUCGAGUAUUAUUGGACCAAGAGAUAUUCUUAAACAUAUUUCAGAAGAUCUUGGUUUUCCAGCAACAGUUCUGACGGAAAAUUUAAAAUCUGAAAAUCUGGCGCGUUUACAUCGGCGCAUAACACGUCAAUGGAGAAAUUCAUUUAUUAUCGCUGCUAUUUUUGGUAUUCCGGCAAUGAUUGUAAUGUUUUUUUUCUUAUUUAAAUAUAAAAAUCAUAGCCAAGCUCCACAUGUUACAGCUGGCUUAUCGGUAGAAAAUUUAAUCAUGUUUCUCUUAGCAACACCUGUUCAAAUCAUUAGCGGUCGAUAUUUUUAUGUUCAAGCAUUCAAAUCAUUAAAACAUAAAACAGCUAAUAUGGAAGUUCUUAUUGUAUUAGCGACAAGUAUUGCUUAUAUUUAUUCCAUUAUUGUUGUUAUAGCAAAUAUGAUCAUGAAAAUACCUAGUCCUAUGGCAUUCUUUGAUGUUUCACCUAUGCUUUUCAUGUUUGUUGCUUUGGGACGAUGGCUAGAACAUACAGCUAAAGCUAAAACAUCAGAUGCAUUAAAAAAACUUUUAUCACUUCAACCACCACAAGGUACAUUGAUUAAAUUGGAUAGUAGAGGAAAAAUUAUUGAAGAAAAACUUGUUCUUGCUCAACUUAUUCAACGUGAUGACCUAUUGAAAGUUCAGCCAGGUGAAACAAUUCCAACCGAUGGUCGUAUUAUUGAUGGAGUAACAUCGUGUGAUGAAUCUCUAAUAACAGGAGAAUCGAUGCCUGUUGAUAAAACUGUGGGUGCACAAGUUAUUGGUGGUACUAAAAAUCUUGAUGGUUUAAUUAUUAUGCGUGCAACACAUGUUGGUCAAGAAACAGCAUUAAAACAAAUAAUUCGAUUAGUUGAAGAUGCACAAACAUCGAAAGCACCAAUUCAACAAUUAGCCGAUAGAAUUGCUGGCUAUUUCGUACCAUUUGUUGUGGCAACUUCAUUACUUACUUUGAGUAUUUAUAUCAUUUUGGGUUAUACCAUGUUUGAUAAACUUGAAAAAUAUUCAGCAUACUAUCAACCGCCAGAUCAAGACGAAUCAUCACAUGACGCCAAUAUGAGUACUACAUAUGAACCAUCAAAAACUGAAGUUAUAUUUGAACUUGCUUUUCGAUAUGCUAUUACUGUAUUGUCGAUUGCUUGUCCGUGUGCAUUAGGUUUAGCAACACCAACUGCAGUGAUGGUUGGCACAGGUGUCGGAGCAUCAAAUGGUAUUCUUAUAAAAGGCGGAGAACCUCUUGAAUCUGCACAUCAAAUUGGUACAAUUGUCUUCGAUAAAACAGGAACCAUUACUAAAGGAAAACCAUCAGUCAUCGAUAAAAGAAUAUUCUUUCAAAAUGCAGAUAUGACACUUGAUCGAAUGUUAGCUAUUGCAGGGACUGCUGAAAGUGGUUCAGAACAUCCAUUAGCUUUAGCCGUUCGUAAUCACUGUAAAGAUCAUUUUGGUACUAAUGAAUUAGGUCUUUGCCGAGAUUUUAAAGCUAUUUGGGGCUAUGGUCUUCAAGCACGUGUUAGUAACAUCGAUUGUCUCGUAAAAAGUACGGACGGAGGUACAUCUCAUAUAUAUUCAGUUUUAAUUGGAAACCGAGAAUGGAUGAAACGUAAUCAUUUAAGCGUUGAUGAUGGUAUUGAUAAAACAAUGUCUAUACAUGAGCAUGAUGGUCAUACAGCUGUACUAGUAGCUAUUGAUGGUAAAGUUGUUGGUAUGCUGGCUAUUGCCGAUGAAAUAAAACCUACUGCCCCAUUAACUAUAUAUGCAUUGCAAUCGCUUGGUCUACGCACAAUUUUAUUAACAGGGGAUAAUGUUAAAACAGCUCGAGCCAUUGCCAGUCAAGUAGGCAUUAAAACUGUCUAUGCUGAAGUUUUACCUACACACAAAGAACGUUUUAUUGCCAGUCUAAAAGAAAAUAAAAAUUAUCAUGGUAAAGUAGCAAUGGUCGGUGAUGGAAUUAAUGAUUCACCAGCGUUAGCUCGUGCUGAUGUUGGUAUUGCUGUUGGUACUGGUGCUGAUGUUGCUGUUGAAGCAGCUUCAAUUGUAUUGAUUCGUGAUGAACUUUUCGAUGUUGUUGCUGCUAUUAAACUGUCAAAAAAGACCGUGUGGCGUAUUCGACUUAAUUUUAUUUUUGCUACUGUUUAUAAUUUAAUUGGUAUUCCAAUUGCAGCUGGUAUACUUCUUCCUGCUGGUGUUCAACUUAUGCCAUGGAUGGCAGCAGCAGCAAUGGCAUUAUCUUCAGUUAGUGUAGUCGUUUCAUCAUUGCUGUUACGCUAUUUUAAAAAGCCAAGAAUGGAAAAAUAUGAACGAGACGUUCGUUAUCGUCAAUGGUCAUUAGAUAAAUCAACUGGUAUCGUUGUUCAUCGUGGUAUUGAUGAUUUACCAACGAUGCGACCAAAAUCAAGUAUUCUAUCAAGUUUUAGAAAUAGUCGAUUAUCACAAAUUGUUAGGGAAUCUAUAUCAGUUGUUAAAAAUGCUGUUAUGGAAGAGAAAAUAAAGGCAACAGUAUAUUUCAGCGAUGAACAAGCUUCUAAUAGGCAGAAAGAAGAAGAAACCGAAUUACAAGUAACUGCUUUAUAA